AUGACAACAAGAUCAAUGGGGAAGAGAUCUUCUGAACAGGGCAGUGAAGUGAAGCAAGAGGAAAAUUAUGAGAGUUUUCAGGAAGACAUUAGACGGGUGGAAUCUGUUCCAAAAAGAAGAAAACUGCCCAGAAUAGAGGUGAAAAUAGAUCCUGAUGAUUUAGUAAUUCCCAAAGAAGAUCACAGAGCAAUAAAAAAAACCAAAAAGAAAACAACCAGAAAGACUAAAAGGAAGAAAGCUAGGAAGCCCAGAAAGAGUGCAGCGAAUCAAGACGAUAACGACAUUCCAUCACAACCGCCUGCAAAUUUCUGGCCGAUGUAUAAUUUAAUCAAAAAAAUGAGGGCCAAGGUUAAAGCUCCUGUUGAUAAGAUUGGAUGUGAUCAUAUAAGUACUGCAGUUUCUGGGUUAAAGGAAGGUCCUGUUUGGAGAUUCCAAGUGUUAAUUUCACUAAUGCUUUCCGCACAAACUAAGGAUGAAGUAAAUUACCAGGCCAUGAAGAAGUUACAAGACUACUUCAUCUCACAUGGGUAUAAGAAUGGACUAUCCAUGGAAGCGAUACUUGAUACAGAUCAAGCAAAACUAGACGAACUCAUAUACAAAGUUGGAUUUCAUCAUAGAAAGGCCAAUUUUAUAAAAAGAACGGCUGAAAUGCUCAAAGAGAAAUAUGACGGCGAAAUUCCUAAGGAUGUGAAGAAGAUUAUGGAAUUUCCCGGGGUGGGACCAAAGAUGGGCUAUUUAUUCUUACAGAUUGCUUGGGGAAUUUGUAGUGGAAUUGGUGUAGAUACCCACAUGGCCAGGAUGGCAGGAUGGUAUCAUUGGGUUCCAAAAUGGCAAAAAGGGAAACCUGAACCUGAAUACGUUCGGAAGUGCUUUGAAAAAAUGUUAGCGGAUCACAAGGAAGAAUGGAGUGUAAUUAAUCCAACAUUAGUUGGCUUUGGGCAAACAAUAUGCUUGCCGACAGCACCACGUUGCGAUAUUUGUACCAUAUCACGAACAGGUCUUUGUCCAGCUGUUGAUAAGGCCUUACUACGUCGAGUCGAAAUGAAUAGAAAAAGUGGUGUGAAGUCACCACAGAAGAAAAGUCGGGGUGACAUAUCGGGCUUGCUACCGAACGAAUGA